AUGUAUCUUAAAAUUGAUGUAAUGUGCGUUUUGCCAACAGGUCAUCUCCUGCCGAUGUUGUUGCUCGCAAGGUUCAAGUUACGUGGCGAUUUGCUUCUUUUAUGGAGAUCGAAGGGUAUUUGUACGGCAUCAGUUGAUUCUAUCGUCAUUGUUGUGUCUCCACUAAAUUCAUUAAUGAGUGAUCAAAUAUCUCGUCUUGGCUUGAGCGGUAUUCGAGCAUCGGUUGUAAAUAUCAAACCUGUGAAGACUACACAGGAUGAAACCAAAAUCGAAGAAGAUGAUGUGAACAUUGAUUUCUGGCUUUGCGAAGAGCAAAAGUUUCGUGAUGGUUAUUACCACAUUGUUUUCGCUCAUCGAGAGUCAUUUAUCUCAUGUAAACACGGACGUGAUUCAUUGAUGAGCGAAAAAUACACUGAUAAUGUGGUUGCGAUUGUCAUUCACGAAGCGCAUUGUAUACUAGACUGGGGAAGUGACUUCAGAAAAGAUUAUGGCAAGUUAGGUGCACUAUGUGCUUUGUUUCCUGAUGUUCCUGUCCUUGCUAUGACAGCAACAGCCAGUCGGGCAGACAUGCAAGAUAUUUAA